AUGAGUGAAAAUCAAACCCCUCCGCCGGAGAAAGCCCACCUUCGAAAAGAAAGGAGGAAAGCACGAGAAAAAGGACAGCCUUAUACAACUAUUAAAGGAAAAAAGUACCAGAUUUUCGGAGUAGCUUCCAGGAAACUACAAACUAUUCAAACAAAAAAGAAACAGGGAUGCUUGGUUUACAAAGAUAUUAAAGGUCAGAAUCCACAUUCACAUGAACAUAAAGUUAAGUUCACAGAAAAUGAUUGCAAUCUAGUUCGACACCACAUUAAUUCGUUUCCCAGUAAUUUACUUUGUAAAAAAAAAGAGUUUUAUUGCUCAAUAGAUUUAAAGUACUUGGUUGGUGGACAUAGUUACAUGAACUGCGACCGGGACUUAGGUCUCACUGAAAAGCGGCGCAAAACAUGCAAAGCAAUGGUCCCAAAAUAUCUUGAACAUGUUGUUGCUACUGAGGAUUUUACAGAUUUCAAAGAGCUUGCUAAGAAGUACCUCAACACUAAAAACCUUGGAAUCGGUAAAAUUUUACAUUUUCGUAUUUCGCACAAGAAUCCUGGUAUUGUAAAAGUGGCAUCAGUUUUGGUAAAGGAAAGUGAUAAUAUGGUAACUUGGGACAAGGUAGAUGUUCUAAAGAAAAAUGCAAAUCUUGAAGAUCUUCCCGAUGUGGAUGAGUUACCAAAAAUUCAGUUCAAAUAA